AAUUUGAAAAUUAAAAAAAAUCAUCCUGUUAAAUACCAAAGUCACCAGCAGUCACAAUUCUGAUUUGCGUCCAAGACAGACGUCACUGUCCGAGCUGGCGCUACACAUAAGCUGGCCCUCCCUCAAAAAACGUCACGAUUGGAGACUAUAAAUGGCGAGGGGGAGAGCUGCGUCCCAUGCAGUGUUGGAGGCUGGGCUGCAAGCCGGUUAGAAGGGCAGAGACUCCCGUCAGUGGAGAGAGACUGAUCCAUCGUGCAGAAGAGACAGUGUGGCAAGUGAGGGAUGCGAUGCCUGUAUGAGUCCAGGUGGAAUGAAGAGUAGGAUAAACCGUUUUGAUGCAGGGUUGAGGUUAUAUUGCGCCAUGGCACGGAUUUGCACUCCUGCAACAAAUGGGCAUUUCGCAAAGAUGACAUAGCACUUGAAAAAAAAAUGGGAUUCCACCAGGAACAGAACUCACUCACAACCUGAAUGAAAAGAGGAAAAGGGAUUCUAUUCACGCCGGAAUUCACUUCGGUCGUUUCAUUCUUAAACCUGACCGGUUGUGAGCAGAGUGAACUAUGAAUCUGGGUAAAGCACUUUUGUUUUUCCUCCUGUCCAACUGCGUGACAAUGAUUUUGUCACUAUCCACUUGCACCACUGUGGACAUUGACCACAUCAAGAAGAAGAGAGUAGAAGCGGUGCGGGGACAGAUUCUCAGUAAACUUCGACUGACCAGUCCGCCUCAGACAACAGGUCCGAGUCAGGUACCGUUCCAGGUUCUGGCCCUUUAUAACAGCACCAAGGAGCUCAUUGAGGAGCUGGGAAGAGACAGGCAGCAAAGCUGUGGGCAGGAUAACACAGAGACUGAAUACUAUGCCAAGGAGAUUUACAAGUUCAACAUGAUCAGUGGUCCUCCGGAAAACAAUGACCUCCCGUACUGCCCAAAGGGAAUCACUUCCAAGGUAUUCCGCUUCAACGUCUCCACCAUGGAGAAGAACUCCACCAACUUGUUCCGGGCAGAGUUUCGAGCUCUGAGGAUCCCCAAUCCCGGUGCCAAGAAAAACGAGCAGAGGAUCGAGCUCUACCAGAUCCUCCAGAAAGAUGACCCCAAAGCCAAACAGCGCUACAUCGGGGGCAAGAACGUCUUGACCAAGGGGAUGCCUGAGUGGGUCUCUUUCGAUGUUACAGAGACAGUGAGGGAGUGGCUCAUGUACAGACAGACCAAUCUUGGCCUGGAGAUCAGCGUGCACUGUCCAUGUCACACCUUCAAGCCCAACGGGGACAUUAUUGAGAAUGUCAACGAGGUGCUAGAGGUCAAGUUUAAAGGUAUGGAGGCAGACUUUGAAGAUCUGAGCCGGACCAAGAAACAAAGGGAGCAGCUGUACCCCCAUCUCAUCCUCAUGAUGCUGCCCCCCCACAGGCUCGACACGCACUCCUCCUCCCGCAGGCGCAAGAGAGCACUUGACACCAAUUACUGCUUCAACAAUUACGAAGAGAACUGCUGUGUACGGCCACUUUAUAUUAAUUUCCGCCAGGACUUGGGCUGGAGGUGGAUCCAUCAGCCUGAGGGCUACUAUGCCAACUUCUGCUCUGGUCCCUGUCCUUACCUACGCAGCGCCGACACCACCCACAGCACACUGCUGAGCCUGUACAACACCUUGAACCCAGAGGCGUCGGCCUCACCCUGCUGUGUCCCCCAAGACUUGGAGCCCCUCACCAUCCUCUACUACGUGGGUCGCUCGCCUAAAGUGGAGCAGCUCUCCAACAUGGUCGUCAAGUCCUGCAAGUGUAGCUAAGAAGCUUCAGGGAUCACAGAGACACUUCCUGCACUACUCAGGAGCGACUCAAAAGGGGUUUUGGGGCAGCGUCCACUGCCUCUUCUUCAGCCUUGUCCAAGCUCCUUAACACUAUUGGAAGCCCCACAGACAAUGACGGCGUCUGGUCAAGUUGACCGAUGACGCCGUCAAAACCCAACUUGACCUCUCAGUGACCGACCGUUCCUUAAUCAUCUUUCUUACCUUCUAUUUCAUAUUCCAGCAUUUUCAACAGCGCGUACCUCAGUCUAUUCUCAUCCUGUUUUGAUCAAAAGAAGAACAGAAUAAAACUUGUCUUGGAAUGACCACUGCAUUCUUAAGGACAUAAUUGCAGUCCAAAAGACGGUGGAAAAAAAACAGAAAAAUGACUGAGAAGAGAGACUGAACUCAGCGUGACAGGACACACAGGACACGUUUGGAUGUCCGAGCUGGAAAGCGAUGCUGUGCUACACUGUGUAUUUAGGAUGAAAUGCUGUUGAAUAAAAAAAGGAUUUUUAGGAAAAUAUGAUAAAAAUGCUGGAAACCAACCUAUUCAAAGUCGUAUUUCAAUGGUGAUGUUAAUACCUCUGCAUUGCAACAGGGAUGAUUUCACUUGAAAGUAAAGCCUGUUUGUUGUAUGAGAACAAGGGAUGGGCAUUGGACUACAUUUCCUUCAGAUUCACUAACAAUUAAGCGAUGAAUUGUUAUUGUUUUUUUUUUUUUAUAUUACAGUAAACCUCGGAUAUAUCGGACUUGGAUAUAUCGGAAAUUCGCUAACAACGGACAGAUAAAAAAAGAACAGAUUUUUCUGUAAUGCAUUUCCAAUAAAAAUUCAUUGCAUAUAUCGGAUUUUUUAUAACGGAUUUUGCCUAUUUCGGACAAAAUCUCCAGUCCCGUUCCAAUGCAUUUCCAUUAAAUUUCCCUCGCAUAUAUCGGAUGGCCGCAUCGUGGCGCUCCGAUUCGCCGAAUCGUGACAGGCCGCUAUACGACGUCAUUUGCAGCGUUUGCAGCGUUGCCUGCGCGUCCAGGUACAUUGGAAACAUAGUCAAGGAAGUGCCUUUUUAUAACGGAUAAAAUCCCAUUUACGCAUAUACCGGAUAUAAAUCCGAUAUAUGCGUAAAACGGACAUUUUCCGGUAUACGCAUAUAACGGAUUUCGCUUAUAUCGGACAAAACCAGUGGGAACAAUUGAAUCCGAUAUAUCCGAGGUUUACUGUAUUUUCAAAAAAUGGGAGAAUCAUUCUCGGAAUGUUCUGAACCCCUGUUUCCAUGCCAUAGCAUGAAUGGAACUCAACAUCAAGUCACUCCUUACAAUGAUUCCCUAAAUUCCUGAAGCUCGGUUAAUGGAUUUUUAUGCCCAUCCUGAAUGAGAGCAUGCAAGUGAACACUAAUUAAUUGUAAAUUAUGUUCUUAUUACUCUUGGAAACACCUUUUUAAUUAAAUGACAGUUGGGUAGAGUUGUUUAGUAGUGUUGGAAAUGUUGUGUUGUUUUGUUUUUUUUAUAGAGCACUUUAUGGAGUACUUUCAAAAGGUAUAAUAGAGUCAAUUCAGAUGACCGUAAAGAAGAACUCCACAUUUUUCACUAUUUACUGCAUGUCCAGUGUACAUUUGUAUACGAUCGCCAUGUAUUACAGUGUCUCAAUUUGCUACAACCUCAAUAAUUCCAAAAAAUAGUUAACAUUGCCAUGCACCAGAGUUGUAAACAUUCAGGGAUUGUCAGUAAACUAAACUGCAGUACUGCAGUACAAAUACAAAUACACAUUGAUAUGGAGUGUGGUAAUAAAGCAUGCACUGGCGUAAAAGUACACAACAUGACAUUUUACACGACGACCGUGCAUUUUCAAUGUUCAAAUCCUAAAAGUUGGAUAUGACAAUGUGUGCAAAAGUUAUCACCAGGAGAUAUCACAACGACAUGCGUGGAAUUCAAGUAUUUCAUUCAACGUGAUCACGAACAUAUACUGAAUCUAUGACUACACAACAAAAAAGGUUUUAUUAACAACACACCCUGAGUUUACUUGUUAUACACUCACAAAAGUGAGCACACUCCUCACAUUUCAGCAACCCGUUUUAAUCUAAAUGAAACAUGAAUAUUAUUAUUAAUAUUAAUUACUGUAGUCUACUACUAUUCAUUCAAUCCAUAUCAAUUGCUGCCAAUGGAAUUAGCGAAAUAAUUAUGUCUUGCCUACAAUCAAGCAUGGCAGUCGCAGUGUCAUGGUCUGGGGCCGUAUGAAUCCUGACGGCACUGGGGAGCUGAGGUUCAUUGACAUAUUCAUUCAUUCAUACUAGGGUCACGGGGGGUGCUGGAGCCUAUCCCAGCUG